ACAUGUUAAUGAUACAAAUGGAUGUAAAUGAUAACAAUUAAAUCUUACUGCACAUGAAUAAAAAUGCUUAAAUACAUAAUAAGUAAGUAUAAUCCACUCGUAACAACAAAAACAAGAGUAUAAAAGUACGUAAUACGGUUUAUAUUUAAGUGCGGAGAGGAACAUUCAACAUUACUUUUGGGUAUUUCGAAGUGAUUUAUUCUCUUUAUUUGUUGAAUUUAAAUCUUUUGAACAGUUUUACGACAUUGUUUAAUCUGCGUUUUGUGAAUUUGUUCGACUAUGGAUUUAUUUGUUCAUCGGAAAAACCUAGUAAGACCAAAGAAUGUUAAUGCUGAAGAAACACCUAAAUAUGUGUUAUCAAAGGAGCAAUUGGAUUAUUACGACAAAAAUGGUUUCCUGGUUAUCAAAGGAUUAAUCAGUUUUGAAUGUUUGUACACUGUCAAGAAACGUUUUCUACAAAUAGUGAAUGGAUUAGAAGAUGUAGGCUUUAUGACAAUUAUAAAGGAACCGGGGUUAGCAGAAAAGGGUGCUAAAGGACAAGAUGUUAUUAACAAGAUCAAUGAUAUCCACUUCGACGAGGAGUUCAGCUCUUAUUCAGAAGACCCUCGGCUCCUGGACGUGGUGUCUCAGCUAAUAGGGGAGAGUAUCACAGUAGUGCACUGCAUGUUCAUCAACAAGCCCGCCGGCACGCUCAGACAUCCGCCGCAUCAGGAUCUGUGGUACUUCCCGUUCCGUCCCGCGGACAAGAUAGUGGCGUCGUGGACGGCGGUGGACCGCGUGCGGCGCGACAACGGCUGCCUCUACGUGCUGCCGGGCUCGCACCGCACGCACGCGCUCCUCGAACACCACUAUCCUAAGGAUUCGAAUAAGUUUUUGUUCUACGGAGUGAGCGAGGAGGCGGCGGCGGAGCGCAGCCGCGUGGCGCUGCCCAUGGAGCCGGGCGACACCGUGUUCUUCCACCCGCUGCUCAUACACGGCUCCGGACCCAAUGUUUCCAAGAGUUCCCGCAAAGCUAUAACCUGUCACUACGCGAGCGGCGAGUGCCGGUACGUGUCAGUGGAGGGGACGGAUCAGGAAACUGUCGCUAAAGAAGUGGAAACCGCAGCUAAGAAGAAGAAAAAUCUAGAUAUAUCUUUUAAGGACUCUUGGCAUUACAAAAACAAAUUGGUGAGAGGAACAAAAUCGAAUCUUUGAAAAUAUUUUUUAUGUAAUAAGUGAAUCUAUAACAAGGUUUAGGGAAUAUGAAAUAAAGAAUAAUGUAUAUAAAAGCAUUUUUGUAAAUUUGAGAUUAUUUAA